AUGACAGACGCCACCACCUCCUUGCUCACCGAGCAUUUCAGCUACACCCCUCUAUCCCUCAUCGACGACAUAAUCAACUCGAUCAACAAUCUCAUCUACCAAGCCAUCUCCAGCCUCGAAACGGGCCUCCUCAACACCCCGCCCGAACGCCUCGGGUUUGCGCACGCCGCCAACGAGUCCACGAUCCCGGACACCGACGAGGAUGGCAACGUGAUCUACCCGGAAGCGCAGCUCGAGAUUGAGAAUGGCCUGCACCAGCUGGAAACGCUCUUGGAGGCGACCGUCGACAAGACGUUCGAUAAGUUCGAGCUGUUUGUCCUGCGGAACACGUUCAAGGUCCCCGAGGACCUUAUGGGUUGGAUCCGGUUGAAGCAUUAUGAGAAUAUCGACCUGCAUCCGCCGGAGGAUGCGCCCACGCCGGACACGAUCGCCGCACAGCGAAAGAAGCUCCUCGAGACCAAGAAGUUGAAUCGGGCUCUGAAGCAGGAGAGCGCCCAGAACGAGGCAGUCAUUGCGCAGUUACGGCAGAUUUUGUCGACUAAUGGACCGAAACCGGAUACUACGAAAGCGGGCGACGAGGCGGCACCAUCAGCAACAGCAAACACGACGAAAGAUCUGGACCUGUCGUUCCUGACGUCGAGCGCUGCGGCGCGCCAGUUGCGCGUCGGGGCUGUGGCCGGGCCCAAUACGCAGCACACGCCCAUCACCACGAAUACUACGUUUAUCCUGUCGCAACUGCCCGCGCUGCAGGCGCUAAUUAAAGAGCUCCGGCCCAAGUUGGCUACGCUGCAGCAGUCAGAGAAUCAGAUGGAGGUAGACUCCAAGGCCGACGCGAGACGCGAAUACAUUGAGAGCAGAGUCAGGUUGCACCUGGAACGCUCCGGGCAGCUGGCUGCGGGGAAUGAAGUGAACCCGGUGCUUACGGGCCGCAGAGUCGACAUUGCAGAAGCGCAGGCGCUGGAGUCUGUCAUGGGGCUACUUGCGGAGGGUCAAAACAAAUCCGCCUAG